CAAGGUUGUUGUUGGAUCUACAAUACAGAAGAUCUUGGCUCGUGGAGCAUGAUAGCUCAUAUUGAUCUGGGAAGAAGAUCAGAUACUGGAAACCCCAACAGAUCCCCAAUAACGACAAUGCCUCCACAAAUCAGGGUCCCCCAAAACUCUCCGACAACUUACAAUUUUUUGGACUAUGACCCCGAUGGUGAUAAUGUAAGAUGUCGAUAUGGAAUUAAAAACAAUUUGGAGUGUAGCACCUGCAAAACAGUUCCAGGCUUUACCCUAGAUGAGAAUGCCUGCAGUUUAUCAUUUUCUGGCUCAUCAUCACCUGGAGUCCAUGUGUUUGAACUUGUACUGGAAGAUUUUCCAAGGCAAAACACCACAUUAAAAUACAAUGAUGGGACCUCCACUGUCAAAUACCCAGUGUCACUAAAUGCAUCUGAUCCACUGAGCAAAAUACCUCUUCAAUUUCUAGUUAUCGUUGGUAGUGCUGUGCCGUCCAAUGUUUUGGGGGAAUACAUACCAAAAUAUAUAACUCCAACUGUUCACCAUGGCACCUUCAUAAGGACAUCACUUGGCAAAAAAUUUUCGUUUCCUGUCUCCGCAGUAUCAACGAAAUCACAGAUAAAUGACAUCGAGAUCAGUGGGCCCCUAAACAUAGAAAAAACAUUUGAGUACAAUAAUGUCACUGGAGUUGGCAAGGCAAUGAUUAAGUGGACCCCAACUGCGAAUGACGUAGGAGAAGAUAUUCCCAUAUGUUUUAUUGCAGAAACUACAGCUGAGUAUCAGUCAGAACUAAGAUGCAUAAUAGUAGUCGUUGAAGAAAGCCAAAACGAAUCGAGCAUUGUCAUUGCAAACGAAGCCCCUGCCCUAGGUGGGUUUCUAAGUUUCACGCCCAAGGGAAAGAAUUCAGAUGGAACAAUCAGGAUGGACUCCCGUUUCAAACUGUCAGAAAUCUACACUGGAUCAUGCUCGCCAGCAUCUUCGUGGAAAUGCCAUCAAGGAGACUGUGGUACCAUAACCACUUCUGAAUAUGGAGAAACUGAUCCUGGCCAAUCUGGAGACAACUGUCAGUUACAGGGUUUUGUUACAAGAAGCCUACAAAAUGAUAAACCUUUUGACUUGAUGGAUCAAGGUUGUUGUUGGAUCUACAAUACAGAAGAUCUUGGCUCGUGGAGCAUGAUAGCUCAUAUUGAUCUGGGAAGAAGAUCAGAUACUGGAAACCCCAACAGAUCCCCAAUAACGACAAUGCCUCCACAAAUCAGGGUCCCCCAAAACUCUCCGACAACUUACAAUUUAUUGGACUAUGACCCCGACGGUGAUAAUGUAAGAUGUCGAUAUGGAAUUAAAAACAAUUUGGAGUGUAGCACCUGCAAAACAGUUCCAGGCUUUACCCUAGAUGAGAAUGCCUGCAGUUUAUCAUUUUCUGGCUCAUCAUCACCUGGAGUACAUGUGUUUGAACUUGUACUGGAAGAUUUUCCAAGGCAAAACACCACAUUAAAAUACAAUGAUGGGACCUCCACUGUCAAAUACCCAGUGUCACUAAAUGCAUCUGAUCCACUGAGCAAAAUACCUCUUCAAUUUCUAGUUAUAGUUGGUAGUGCUGUGCCGUCCAAUGUUUUGGGGGAAUACAUACCAAAAUAUAUAACUCCAACUGUUCACCAUGGCACCUUCAUAAGGACAUCACUUGGCAAAAAAUUUUCGUUUCCUGUCUCCGCAGUAUCAACGAAAUCACAGAUAAAUGACAUCGAGAUCAGUGGGCCCCUAAACAUAGAAAAAACAUUUGAGUACAAUAAUGUCACUGGAGUUGGCAAGGCAAUGAUUAAGUGGACCCCAACUGCGAAUGACGUAGGAGAAGAUAUUCCCAUAUGUUUUAUUGCAGAAACUACAGCUGAGUAUCAGUCAGAACUAAGAUGCAUAAUAGUAGUCGUUGAAGAAAGCCAAAACGAAUCGAGCAUUGUCAUUGCAAACGAAGCCCCUGCCCUAGGUGGGUUUCUAAGUUUCACGCCCAAGGGAAAGAAUUCAGAUGGAACAAUCAGGAUGGACUCCCGUUUCAAACUGUCAGAAAUCUACACUGGAUCAUGCUCGCCAGCAUCUUCGUGGAAAUGCCAUCAAGGAGACUGUGGUACCAUAACCACUUCUGAAUAUGGAGAAACUGAUCCUGGCCAAUCUGGAGACAACUGUCAGUUACAGGGUUUUGUUACAAGAAGCCUACAAAAUGAUAAACCUUUUGACUUGAUGGAUCAAGGUUGUUGUUGGAUCUACAAUACAGAAGAUCUUGGCUCGUGGAGCAUGAUAGCUCAUAUUGAUCUGGGAAGAAGAUCAGAUACUGGAAACCCCAACAGAUCCCCAAUAACGACAAUGCCUCCACAAAUCAGGGUCCCCCAAAACUCUCCGACAACUUACAAUUUUUUGGACUAUGACCCCGAUGGUGAUAAUGUAAGAUGUCGAUAUGGAAUUAAAAACAAUUUGGAGUGUAGCACCUGCAAAACAGUUCCAGGCUUUACCCUAGAUGAGAAUGCCUGCAGUUUAUCAUUUUCUGGCUCAUCAUCACCUGGAGUCCAUGUGUUUGAACUUGUACUGGAAGAUUUUCCAAGGCAAAACACCACAUUAAAAUACAAUGAUGGGACCUCCACUGUCAAAUACCCAGUGUCACUAAAUGCAUCUGAUCCACUGAGCAAAAUACCUCUUCAAUUUCUAGUUAUCGUUGGUAGUGCUGUGCCGUCCAAUGUUUUGGGGGAAUACAUACCAAAAUAUAUAACUCCAACUGUUCACCAUGGCACCUUCAUAAGGACAUCACUUGGCAAAAAAUUUUCGUUUCCUGUCUCCGCAGUAUCAACGAAAUCACAGAUAAAUGACAUCGAGAUCAGUGGGCCCCUAAACAUAGAAAAAACAUUUGAGUACAAUAAUGUCACUGGAGUUGGCAAGGCAAUGAUUAAGUGGACCCCAACUGCGAAUGACGUAGGAGAAGAUAUUCCCAUAUGUUUUAUUGCAGAAACUACAGCUGAGUAUCAGUCAGAACUAAGAUGCAUAAUAGUAGUCGUUGAAGAAAGCCAAAACGAAUCGAGCAUUGUCAUUGCAAACGAAGCCCCUGCCCUAGGUGGGUUUCUAAGUUUCACGCCCAAGGGAAAGAAUUCAGAUGGAACAAUCAGGAUGGACUCCCGUUUCAAACUGUCAGAAAUCUACACUGGAUCAUGCUCGCCAGCAUCUUCGUGGAAAUGCCAUCAAGGAGACUGUGGUACCAUAACCACUUCUGAAUAUGGAGAAACUGAUCCUGGCCAAUCUGGAGGCAACUGUGAGAUAGAGGGCUUCGUUACGAGAAGCCUACAAAGUGAUAAACCUUUUGACUUGCUGGAUCAAGGUUGUUGUUGGAUCUACAAUACAGAAGAUCUUGGCUCGUGGAGCAUGAUAGCUCAUAUUGAUCUGGGAAGAAGAUCAGAUACUGGAAACCCCAACAGAUCCCCAAUAACGACAAUGCCUCCACAAAUCAGGGUCCCCCAAAACUCUCCGACAACUUACAAUUUUUUGGACUAUGACCCCGAUGGUGAUAAUGUAAGAUGUCGAUAUGGAAUUAAAGACAAUUCGGAGUGUUACAACUGCAAAACAAGUGCAGACUUUAUCCUAGAUGAG